AUGUCUCUUCAAGAAUUAAUACCCUUGCCACAUCUCACCCUGCUGACGCUCCUGGCGUUGCUCAGUGCGGUGUUUAUUCUCAUUGCUGCUGGAAUCAGCCGCAGUAAACGCGGCAACUGGGCACAUCUUCCUCCUGGUCCAGCUGCGAUGCCCUUGGUGGGCAAUCUCUUCCAAUUACCAUGGAAAGACCUCCCCAGGUCGUUUGCAGCUCAAUCCCAUUAUUAUGGUCCUCUCUAUUAUAUGCGCAUUAUCAACAGACACUUCGUAGCGAUCAACUCUUUGGAACUCGCCCAAGCGCUUUUUGAUAAACGUGGGGCUACGUAUUCUCAUCGGCCGCGAAUGGUGAUGGCGCAGGAGAUCAUCAAGCGCGACACGAUGCUCUUCAUGAAUUACGGCCCUGAAUUUACAAAGAGUCGCAGACUCAUUUCGACAUUCCUCAAUCAGAAGAUAGCGUCUAAGUACUGGCCUGCACAGGAAAUCGAGUCGUUGAAAUUUGUGCUGAGCGUGCGGCGCACGCCCGCGGAUGUGCUCGAACUGACCAGAUGGACGGCUACAUCUCUCAUCAUACGUCUUCUCUAUGGCAUCGAAGUGAAAGACAAAGAGGAUCCUCUGGUCCACCUUGCCGAAGACUUCGCACGGCUCACCAGCGAAUCGACCAAGCCCGGUAAAUGGCUAGUAGAUUCAUUCCCAUCGCUGCGCCACGUUCCAGCAUGGCUUCCUGGUGCAGGCUUCAAACGCUGGGCUAAAUAUGCGAAGGCCCGUAUGGAAGAGUUCUCCUGGCUACCGUAUACAAUCGUCAAGAACAACAUCGCCGCAGGCCGCAUUACCGCAUGCUGGACCGCUGAGAAACUCUUGGAGAAGACUGAGCCUCUUACCGCGCAAGAGGAGAAAGAUAUUCGCCACGCUGCGACCUCAAUAUACUCUGCUCCGUAUCCAAUAACUUUCUUCACGGACGCAGGCGGUUCAGACACUACCCCAGCCAUGAUAUGCACAUUCAUCCUCCUGAUGCUGCGCAAUCCCAGCGUGCAGAAAAAGGCACAGGAGGAAAUUGACCGCGUAACGGGAGGUACAUGGGUACCGGGCAUGCAAGACUGCGAGAUGUUCCCCUACGUCAACUGCGUCAUCAAGGAGCUGUUCCGCUUCAACCCCGCCGUCCCUCUCGUCCCUCAUAGUCUGCAAGAGGACGAUUUCUUCGAAGGAUACUUCAUCCCGAAGGGGACGUGGGUGAUGGCAAAUAUGUGGGGAUUCAUGCACGACGAGACAAGAUACCCAGAUCCAGACUUGUUUAGUCCGGAGCGGUUCGAAAUUGGCGAAGGGAAGCAGCCCCAAGACGAUCCGCUGGAGAUAGUAUUUGGCUUUGGUCGGCGCUCCUGCCCCGGAUACCUCCUCGCCCUCUCCUCUGUGUACCUGAACGUCAUCCACCUUCUGUUCGCUUUCGAUAUCGUGCCGGCGAAGGACGCCAAGGGCCAAGAGAUUAUCCCGCCCGUUGAGUUCGGAGACGCCCAUGUGUCGCACCCGAAGCCGUUCGUGUGCGACAUACGUGAGCGGGAUCCCGAGCGCAUCAUAUGGCUCGAGCAUGCACUCCAAAGUCUCCAAUGACGAAACCGUAUUUUCUUUACGCCAUCAUACCAAUUUGUCGCAGGCGACAUCAUGUAGAGGCCAUAGCAUGGCGGUCUGCAGCCAUAGAAUACAUUCGCGUGUACACGUACUGAAUUGACUAUG